GGUACAACUGCAGGCCGUACUUAAAUAUGCCAUCACCUUGGCAACUAUGCCAUAAGAGAAAAUUUACAUUCUUUCCCUCUAAAAAAAGUAACAUUGCAGAUGAAAUGCUACAUCCUGGACUAUUGGAAAGAUAAUAGGAUUUUGCCACUAAGCUCCUCUUGUAUUAUUUCCUUCAGCAGGUUUUGAGUCACUUCCAAAUACUGAUGGCCCAGAGAUCUCUGAAGACAGCGGUUUUUCUGGUUUUCUUUGUCUGUACUUGUUUGGGGAUAUCUCUUGAAGCUCAAAAGAAAAGGAGUGUGUCUGAGUAUCAGUUCAUGCACGAUAAAGGGAAGACCAUUCAGUCCCUGAAAAGGCUAAUGUGGUUAUACAAUGCCAUGGGUGGGGUGCACUCCACUAGUGGCAGAGCCGCUUCCCAGUCUGACAGCCUAUGGAAACGGCAGAAGCGCCUGACCCACCCCAGUCGGAACAGAGAUAUAAGAGGGCUUUACACUCACAACCUGGUGAAGCAAAUUCUCAUUAGCCUGAUCACUGAUGCCCAUUUUCCUAGACUGUAAAAUCCACCGGAGCAGAAGCCAUUUCUUAUCCAAACAUGGUGCCUGGAAUAAUGUUGUGUAUACAGGAGUUGAUUAAUAAAUGCUGCUUGAAU